GCCGAGUCGUUCUCUGUGACGAAAUUUUGUUUGAAAAUCCUGUAGUUUUAGAAGAUUAUCAGUGGUUGCAAGAUGACCAAGGUUGGUAUUGUAGAAAUUGUAUCCGCGUGAUGUUAAAAAUCUACCUUCCGAUGUAGGAGUGGGUAAGAAAGUGGUUGUGUGUAAUCCUUUCUCGAAAAUAAAUUAGUUGCCCCUUCCCCUCGGUACAGACACGAAACAAAACUUGAAAUUUAUCGAAGGAAAAUAAAUCACUAAACAUGACCUGGGCCUGCGACGCCUGCACGUUCCUCAACGAGGAGAGUGCGCAUUCCUGUGAGAUGUGCGGCACCGUGCGGGUAAAAAAACCGGUCCUGCGCCUCUCCGCAAAUAUGGCGUUCUCAACUGUUACAUUCUCAAGCGUAACAUGAAUUUGUGAUGCAAGAAUGGAAAAAGUGAAAGAAGGAAGAUUGCGCCUUUUGCAAGAGAAAUUUUGCGCAGAUUUUGGUGCUGUUUAGCCCGUCGCAAAUUUGUCAUGCGAAGCAGCUUGAUCUUGUGGAUGGUCAUGGUAUUUUUGCAUGACAAAUCCAUGUAACAGUUGAGAAUGUAACGUUUGAGAACGCCAUAGCAAAUCGGGCCGGCGUGGAGAGUGUCAGCCCAGCAGGAGGAGUUUCAUCUGCAGGAGGUGGAGCUGCUGUAGUGCCGCAAGAACAUCAGAACGGCCCGGCUUCACACCAACAGGCAAUCUCACAUGAUCAACCAGUGCUAAACUUGGCCUCCGGAGCAGGGGUGUCUUCGUCAACGAACGGGCAAAAAAAUGCGGCACCUGGUGCCUGCACAGUGUCGGAGAAAGCUGCUCCAUCCGGGAAUAAAGCGAAAGCAAAACCUCCAUCAGCUGCUGCCUCCUCGCAACCACCUUCCGGUCCCGUAGGGAUCAGCCAGGAGGAGCGGCGGAGGAGAGAGCAGGCGAUUGCGGCGAAAAAAUUGGUAUGGAUCGCAAAAGUAUCGUUAGCGUUACAAAUUUGCUCAACAUGGCAACUGAAAUCUGUCAUGCUGAUUUACCUUGCGAAAGAUUUUUGUCAUGCAUAAUUGCGAUUAGUACUACGAGUACGAUACUUUUGCAAUGCAUAAUUGGAAAAAGAGGAAAAACUGCGGUUGGAGCGACUCCGGUUUGAACAGGACCUAUGCAUUGCAAAAGUAUCGUACUCGUAUAAAUGCAUUACAAAUUUCCCCAGCAUGAGAAAUAUAAUUUGUAAUGCGGAUUUAGCUUAAGAAGAAGAUUUGUAAUGCAAGUCUUGCAUUUAUACGAAUGCGAUACUUUUGCACAGGAUAGGACCGGGCACUGUACAACGAGCUGCACAAUCCGACUAUGAACUGCAAAAGUAUCGUACUCGUACGUAGUAAUUGUAAUCAUGCAUCGCAGAUCUUUUUCUUAUAGUUAAAUCUGCAUGACAAAUUUUAUUUCUCAUGCUGAGGAAAUUUGUAUAUGCAUUUAUACGAGUGCGAUACUUUUUCUUUUGCACUGCAUACCGACCGCGAAAAAUACUGCGACCACUACUUCCGGGGCAGGAACAGGAACAGCAGUCACUGGUGCCAAUAGCAAUACAGGAGCACUGCAACACCCGCAAGCAGGAGGCGCAGCCAGCUCAUCGGGGCUGAAAUCUGGGAUAAACACUUGCGCUAGCCCUUCUCUGCCUCCCGCAAACGCGUCCUGUCGGUUGCAAAUCAAGUCGGAGAAGCACACACAGUUCGCGAUCAACACGACGGCGUUUAACGGGUCAGCGUCGCUAGCCGAUGUCUACGAAUUCGCGAAGGAGGAGUUGCUGAAAUUACGCAACGCAUCCUUACCCUUCCACGAAAAUGCGAACCCGCAGUUUCGCGAGCAGACGAUGCGAAUGAUCGAGGAGGCGCGGGAAUUGCAGAACAGAGAGUUAGCGAAAGCGAACUCAGCAGCUUCUUCUACGGCUGGAAAUGGAGCUACCACCUCUGCAGAUGAAAAAUCGCGUCCGGCUCUGCGGCAGGGUUUUCCCCCGUUUAAAAAGUGGAGUGUGGGGGAAUUAGAGACGGCGACGUUGCGCGAGGCAGGAGUGGUGCCGAGUGGGUGUUUGAUUCUCUGUAUGCAUUGCAAAAGUGUUGUGCUACCUAGUAUGUAGAAAUCGCAACACAAACGUGGAGUUUGUAAUGCUGAUUCAGGUAUUAAGAGGGUAUAGGGAGCAUAAUCUGCCAUGCAGUACAUACUGCGGCUGGUACGAGUGCGAUACUUUUGCACGAGGAUACUCUGUGAUCGGGAAGUGGUGGUACCAUCAAAUACUGCCGGAACUUCUGGCGCGGCCAGAGCGAGUGCCAACAACAGCAGUAGAAGUGUUGUGGCUAGUACGCGGGCAGGAGCGAAUGCCGAUGCCGAUGCGGGUACUGCAGAUGAGGGAAUAAUCUACUUCGGCGGAGGUCGUGCUGUGUCGGCGCACCGAGACGAUGAGGAGGAGGAUGAGCAAAUGCCCGACGUAGUGGAAGAUAGAGACGACGACCCCAACGAGAACUCGCCAGCUGGCGGAGGUACACAUGAUGAAGACGAUCAUGAUGAAAGUGUCGACGACGAUAGUGUUUUCCAGCGACAAUUUGGGGAAAUUUUCGGAGGCACCAGCAUGUUCCGGCCAUCAAAUGCGAAUGCCGGCGGCUUUGUCGGGAACACUUUGGGCGGCCGCGGGGGCGCACGCGCAGCUGGUGGAGCAAUGUUUGGCGGCCUGAUGGAUACCAGCCGCAUUCGGGGCAUCGGAGCAGGGGCGUCUCAAACCUCCGGUUCUGCUGGUUAUUUCCAACCCCCCGGUCGCUCCGCAGCCGCGAAAGCAAAAGCGGCGAGCCAGCCAACUGUUACGAGAACCGCGGAGGAACAGGAAGCGGCGCGGCAGCGGCAACGGGAGGCGGCGCUGAAGAGGAUGGGCGGCGGUGGUGGUGCCGCUACUGGCACAACUAGUGCGGGAGAUGGAGCAGGACGAAAUAUUAGCGCCAGUUCUAACACACCAGCUGCGAGUUCGACUGCGGGAGUUGUAGUUGUCGCUGCCCCUCCUGGUACGGCCGUAGUUACAACUUCUAACCCAGGAGCACAAGGACCACAGCAUCAAGCCACUCGUGCUGAUUCCGCCGGAGCUGCCACUGCACUACAAGAGACACCUUCAACAGCGGGCGGGGCAGUGACCGGUAAUGCAGCUGCGAAAGCCGCCCCCGCCCACGCGGCUCCCACCCCAGGCCUUACCAUCCAUUCCGCCACCCGGAAGCGCCGGGAAGAAGAACGGAGGGAGAUUUUGAAGCGCGUGGAAGAGGAACGCAGAUCCUACGUCGACAGAUUGCAGCAACAGCAAACGCAAAACGCCGCUGCCGCCAGCGCAAGUUCGCCCAGUGGAGAUCAGCCAACACACCACCUUUCGGAACAGGAGCGGCAGGCGCGACUGGAUGCGAUUUUGGCACGGCAACUUGCAAUGCAGGAGGCGGAAGAGCAAGAUGAUGAGAUGAGUGGCGCGCUGAAUGAGGAAGGGAUCGAGUCACGUCCUCUUGCAGGUGAUGCUAUGAACUGCAAAAGUAUCGUACUCGUAUAAAUGCAUUACAAAUUUCCUCAGCAUGACAAAUAAAAUUUGUAAUGCUGAUUAAGGUUAACGUUAAGGAAAAGAUUUGUAAUGCUAAUGCAUGAAUACGAGUACGAUACUUUUGCACAGGAUAGAUGCGAAUUCAGACCAAUCAAAUGAACGUCGGCUGAGUCAAACGGUUCUCGACCUGAUUAUCAAAUGCAAAAGUGUACUCUUCGUCUGGAAAAGUGGAACUUGUGAUGCGUGUCUUGCAUUCCUGGAAAAUCUGUGUUGCAUGAAGAGCAGCAAAAGAGAAACUUGCUUUGUCAUGCAAAAAGGCAAUUUGUAAUGCGUGCUAGACCUAGGCAUCAGCAGGCGACUCAAAAACUUGUCAUGCUUGGCUGCCACUGCAAGCGCUUCUAUCAUGCUCAAUUCAGCAUGAUCACAGGUUUCCCGAUCCAGACAUAUUUGCAGUGCAUACUGAUUGCCGAGGACGAGUUGAACCAACCAAAAGUGAGGAUCACGCUGCAGUGCCAGCGCUGGCGGGAGACGAAAACGUUUGACCCGAAGAAAACAACGCUGCAGCAGAUGCUGGAAGCAUUUGUAGGGACGGAUACCGAAGAUCAUGUAGUAACCGGCGGUGAUGGAGGUGGGGCUACUUCGAAUGGAAAUGUUGGUACUUCCGCGCCGGCGUGGGCGCCCCCAAGCACACCGACUCCCGCGCCUGCAGCAGCAGGAGGUGCCAGUACUAGUACAGCGAGAACUACUGCUAUCCGGUGUCCUGUGACAAGGCAGCAGCUGCAAAACUACAAGCUUUCUCUGGCCUUCCCGCCCCGCACGGUGUUCCUAGACUGGAGCUUGUUGCUGCAAGACGAUAGCGAACUCUGCCGGUCCAGCGGAUGCUCGCUAGUGUUGCGGGAGUCUGACGUCCCGGAGAGUCAGGCAGUGGCUCCAAUAAAUAUACCGAUGGAGAUCGUGGAUUUGACUGGGGAAUCCGAAUCGAACCCAUCUCAUCUUCAGGAACAAAACGCUGCUUCGCCAAACAGCAAGGAAACGGACAGCUUGCCGAAGCGGGUCAAGAAAAAUUAUCAAAAUGAAAAAUCCCCCCUCCCCAUAUCACAUUGGAAGUCUGUGAUGCAGAUUUGUGGUCACAAAUCAGCUUUGUCAUGCCAGAAGGGAAAAGAUGCGGACUGUACUGCUGGGCUGCGUGGGAAAGCCUUGCAUCUUCAGCAUGACAGGAGACAGCUGGAAGUGGGGAACAGCAUGAAGACAAAUUGCCUGCAAGCGAGGCCACAACUGCGUCUCUUGGCCUUCUGGCAACACAAGUCGAUUUGUGUACUCAAAUACGGCAUCACAAGUUUCGUGUUCGAUAUGGGGAGGGGGGAGUUUUCCUCAUGAUAAAAAUACCAAUGCGGUCAUCGCGCAGAACAGUCGCAGCGUCUUUCCGCCUGGAGCUGGGUCCUCUAGCGGUUGUACAACCGCUAUCAGUUGCAAACAUGUCCUGUGCAGGGUCUGGGCAUCAAGUCGUGCCCAUGUUUGUCAUGCAGUUUUUUUUGUUUUUGCCUACGAAUGCGGAGUUGAAUCUUUUGCACAACCUUGUAUGCUGACCAUGCAUUACAAAUUUCUGUGUUCUGUAAAAUGUGCAUCAGCCACAUCAAGAGUACAUGUUUGCGGUGCAUACCCGCGUCCGGCGGAUUGUCCCAGCAAGAACGGCAGCAGCGGCAGGAGGAGAUGCAGAGGAAAAGACAGGAGAAGAUUCUAGAGCAGCAAAGAAUUCUGGACGAAGCCAAACGCGACCGCGAAUUCCGCGAAGCGCGGCGGCAGGUCGGGUUCAAAAACGACAUUUUAAAGCAGGGGCCCGCGUUCGUCGUAAAUCCGAAUAGUACAAGUGGAGGCGGUAAUAUGGGAGCUGCUUCAUCUAGUUCCUCCGCUGCAUUUAUUCCCGGUACUCUAGUGCAACCGCCAGGGCCAGGCGGGAACAACAACAAGGGAACUACGAAAGGCAAGGGGAAACAAGGCGAUGGCCAGGGAGUUCCUCUUCCUGCUCGUGGUGGCAAGAACGCCACAGGAGCUGCUGCUGCUGCAGGUGCCGCGGACCAGCUACCAGGAGUAGCGGCCGCUGCGGCUGUGCUCCAACCUGGUGAAGGACCUCUACACCAACAGCCACCUGGAGCAGCGACGAGUACUAACGAGGUCGUGGAAUUGAUCUCUGACAGCGAGGAUGCUCCUGCUCCUCACGUAGCUGUAGUUCCUGGCGUAAACAAAAACAACAAUUCCUCCUCGACAGCAGCCAGAGUCGCUGCAGUCCCGCCGCCGACGUGCCAGCAGCACAAUGACAAUCAACAACGACCUCCGGGGGCGAGUUCUUCUUCGUCGUCCGCUGUGAGAGGUGCGGGUGGCCCUGUUGCUGCCGUUACUGGUGGAGGUGCGGCCUCCUCCUCGUCCUCCUCUGCCGCGCGAGCGAGCGCACCGAACCGAUACCCGCACACAAUGCGCAAAAUCCGAAUCCGGCUUCCGGACGGCAGAAUGGAAAACUCGCACGAGUUUGACCCCAACCACGCGGGCAGCGUGCCACUGUUGACUUUCAUCGAGACGGCUUUCCCACCCAUCGCAAGCGAGGAGGGCCAGAACGCGUGGGCGGUAUGAAUUUUUUUGGUAUUUGCUGUGACAUCAUUCUAAUCUUCUCGUGUGGUGACCGGUAAUAGGAGGUGGAGUGAAGAUCCUUGACCUGUUGGUCAGCAUUUUUUUCAAAAAAAAGCGCUUAAAAUAAAGGGAAUCUUCAUGAAGAUCAAAAACUGUAAGUUCUAUCUUUUUCUUUUGUCUACUUGUACUUAGCCACUAGCUGCACUAGCGACGAGAUCAUCCUCAAAGAUAGAAACCCGCAAUCGACGAUCACGAAUCUUCCCGUAGUUACGAGUACUAUGGUCGCUCCGUUCCGCUUGCAGUGUUUGACUUUGUCUCCGCAAGCUUUUUUCGCGUACCGAAAGCAAAGUAUCAACUUGCCUCCUCUCCGCCGGCGCAAACUUGAUUUGCAUUUAUGCAUUACAAAUCUUUUUGUUAAGGCAAAUUCGCAUGACAAAUUGAAUUUGUAAUGCUAAGUCGUUUAUUUCUGUGUUUGCGUCGGAUCGAAUGGGGGUGACAGUUUCUAGUAGUUUGAUAAGAUUUUAAUAAAAUCCGGAUGCAGCCAGGACCAGUAGAACGCUUUUGCACAAUGCACGAGAAGAUGAAUUUCAAGCAAAGUUUUGCAGCAAAAUGGAUUUUUUCGAAUUUCGCAUUCGCAUGAACGAGAUGUAUAAACCACUUAUCAGGUCGUGAUCACAAGUGGUGCGUUAGCUCGACGGGAAAUCGUCCCGAAGGCCGACAUAUGAACUGCAAAAGUAUCGUACUCGUAUAAAUGCAUGACAAAUUUCCUCAGCAUGAGAAAUAGAAUUUGUAAUGCGGAUUCAACUUGAAAAAGAAACUUGUAUAUGCAUAAUUGCGAUCACUACGAGUACGAUACUUUUGCACAGGAUACAACCUGUACAAGGAGCUGGAAAAGUUUCCCGGCCUGUUUCCGUAUUCAUAGCAAAUAUGUCGGGGUCUGGAAGGUUGCAACUUGCGUUGCUGUCUUUGGAUUCUAAAAGAAUCUGUAUUGAAUGACCAACAAGAGGAGCCCAGUUUGUGCUACGCGAGGAGAGCAUUUCUCAUGCGGGAUGGACAUCACGAAGCGCUCUAAAAAUAUGUGAUGCUAGGUUAUGCAUUACAGGCACGAUGGGUCAUGCAAAAUAUGCAUGACAAACCUCGCAAUCUUGAGUACCCAAACAUAUUUGCAGUGGAUAGUCCGCUCGGCGGAACCAUUUUGAUCGUGAAUUCCGAUACGGCACACGCGGACAACAUGACGCAAGGUACUGUGUAGUUGAUGUCAUGCGAAGACCACUGCGAGUCGUUGUACUUGAUGAAAUACGGCUUGACGAUAAAUCUUCCGAGUAGUUUUAUUUGGCUUGACUCUUCGUGAGCUCGUGCUCGCCCAGUGGAAGUUGGGCGACGAGUUGUAGACUCUUCACGUCUACUGAUAGUUCAAGUUCAGGCUCUUUGAUUUGAGAAUUUGAGAAAAACUUCUAUAUCUCCGUAGGUUACGGCGCCCUUCCCGGUAUUUCACGCUCCCCGGUCGCGUCCUCGCCGUCCAAUAACCGCAGCCGCAACAACUACCGCCGCCGCUCGUCUGAGGACCGGCAGCAACGCCUGCGCCGUCACCAAGAAGCCGAAGACCGGCGGUACGCACAGCAUAUGCAUUGGAAAAUUAUCGUACUAGUGUAAAUGGCAUUACAAAUUUGCUCAACAUGACAACUGGAACUUGUCAUGCUGUUUUACCUUAAAAACAAGAUUUGCCAUGCAUAAUUGAAAUUAGUACGAGUACGAUACUUUCGCACAGGAUAGAGCAGUUGGCCCGCAGGCGGGAACGUCGAGAAGGUACUUCUAUGUCUGACGGAGAUUGGUCGGACGAUGAUGAUGACCUCGACAGCGACGGAGACUUUGACAUGGACGGCGAAGAUCAUCAUGGGAACAACGAAGAUUCGUACGGUGACUACGGCUACGGUAGUAGCUUUCGUUCCGGGAGCAACAGUAUGAAUUGCAAAAGCAUCGUACUAGUAUAAAUUGCAUAUACAAAUUAUUUCCUCAGCAUGAGAAAUGAAAUUUGUCUUGCGGAUUUACCUUCGGAAAAAAAAUUGUAAUGCAUGACUGCAAUUGCUACGAGUGCGAUACUUUUGCACAGGAUAAACAGCAACCUCAUUGACCCUUUCAGCCCGGAAGAGAUGGCCGCCGCUCACGGAGCUGCCGUAUCAAAUGCAAAAAUGUCAUCUGGGCCUGGAAGGUUGGAACUUGUGAUGCUAACUUUGGACUCUAAAAAAAUCUGUAUUGCAUGACCAGCAAGACGAGGAGUCUAGUUUGUGCUACGCGGGGACGAGGGCAUUUGUCAUGCGGAGUAGGCAUCGAGAAGGAUUCUAAAAGUCUGUGAUGGUAGGGCAUGCAUCACACACAAUCCUGGGUCAUGCAAAAUAUGCAUGACAAACCCGGCAACAUUCCAGACCCAGACACUUUUGCAUUUGAUACGAUGACGAUCCCUACGAAAUCGACGAUCCAAGUUACCAGCGCCUGGUCCGCCAAAUCGGCGCGGAAACGUUCAAAAGCAAGAACAGCGGCAGCAGUUCUUCGGCCGCGGCCUCCUCGAUGAGCGCGGCCCCGGCGCUCGUAGGCCCAGCAUCUUCGUCUGGAUCCGCACUUUCCGCCCCGCCCGCGGGAAAAGAGUCGGUAGGGUCAGCACCAGCAGCAGCAGCGGGGUCGUCGAGUAGGACGACAGGGAAUGAAGAGUAUCAAAUGUCAAAAUGUCUGGGUCUGGAAGAAUGCAACUUGUCAUGCUAAAUCUGAAGCAUGCAAAAAUCUGUGUUGCAUGAUUACCAAAAGUCGUCCAGUUUUGACCAAGUCGCGAGGGAGUUCCUCAUGCAGGAUAGGCAUGAGAGAGAUCGCACAGAAUCUGUCGCGCUAGGUCCUGCAUUCCAGACCUCAUGGGUCAUGGAAAAGCCGCAUGACAAAUCGCGCAUUCUUCCAGGCCCAGACAUUUUUGCAUUUGAUAAAGAGGAAGUUUGUGCAAUCUGUCAGUGCCCGUUUCAAGAGGGGGAUGACCUCGGGCGGCUGGAGUGCUUUCACCGUUUUCACAAAAAUUGCAUCGAGACUGGGCUUAUCCGCUGCAAAUUCAAAUAUGUCUGGGUCUGGAAACUUGUGAUGCUAAUUUGUGAAUGACGGACGUACACGAACACGUACUGCAAUACGCAGCCACGCAUGACAAGAUUCGGGGCUCCUCUGUGCUUCGCUUUCUGCAUGGCAAACUGCACUUAAUAUGCCUUACAGGCGAAGAGGCUUUUUUCCACCUGCUCACGCAUCACAGAUACAGCCGUCAUGUGAAACAAGCAUGACAAAUCUAGCAAUCUCCACCCAGAGCCAGACAUUUUUGCAGUGCAUAGGACUGCGGUACUCCAGUCAGUGUCCGGUGUGCAAGUACCGGUUGCGGGAGUGA